GCGCGCCUUGAGAGUAAAUUUGUUUUUACGAUCUUGGGGAUGAAAAUAGUUUUGUUUCAAGCUUGUACUCGAAAAACCUUUAUACUUGCAGACGUUAUAAUUUUGCAGUGAAAACUGGGCAACAGAGCGCUAUUCUGACGAAAGAGAAUCCGGUAUUUCGCUUGCAAGAUGUGAUUUUCAGACUGUUUGGACAGUUUGGUGGGUUCUUGAAAAACAACUUCGCUCUUUACGCAUGGAACGGAAUCAACAAAACAUCUUGGAGCUUCUAUGAGGAAAAGAUGAUUAAUUUUGGAUUUUAGUUUGGUUUAUUGAUUAAUUAAAUCCUGAAAGUGAAGACAGUAGCACAGAAGAAGUUUAUCAUGGUUCCGACAACUCGCCCAACUCCAGGUCCCAGUGACACCAGUGACCAGGCGUUGUCGACAGCUGCUAUUGUGAUGAUUGUUGUUGGAUCAUACCUGGCUCUUGUCAUCAUUUUUCUUCUAAUCAGGCAGUGUUUGAAGUCACAAGGAAUAAAUAUAUGUCCUUCAUGGAUAUCAGAGCUAUGUUGUGGAUCAUGUUGUGCAAAUGAGAAUGAUGCACAGAGAUGCUGCCUGUGUGCCUGCUUUUUGUCAAUGGCUGAAAUGUGUGACUGUUCUACACCAAGUAAAAAGUCUUGUUUGGACUGCAUGUGUCCCUCAAAACAGUGGUGUGAUGAUACAUUUUGUUGUUGUAUGAAUGCUGAGCCAGGUGGAGCCAUGUGUCAAGACUGCAAUGGACCAGAGUGUGCAUUUGGUGAUUGCAAUUGUGCUUGUAAUUGUGCCAUGCCAGAGUGCAACUCUAUCAACUGCAUUUGUUUCACUAUAGACCUUGGGGGUGGUAAUGCACAACAGCAGCAACAGAUGACGCAACAGCAGCUUCAACAACAGAUACAACAACUGCAGCAAAUGCAGCGGCAACAGCAACAGUUUCCACAACAGCCAGCAUAUCCGAGAUAACAGCUUAAAGGAGACCAAAACUCUUUUUGUUUGAUGAUAUCAUUCCUGUCAUGAAUGUUGCUCUUACUAGUUUGUUACAGCAGGCCUUCAAAUGAUCUCUCAAAGUUUGAAAAUGACUAAAAGGUAAUGCAGAUGGAAAGCAAUUGGAAACAAGACUGCCUACUUUCCUCAUGUAACAGCCCUGCUGUUUUCUAAUACAUUUUGACAUUUUGACAUUUUGUUUGAUAGAAGAAAAACUUAAAAAGCUAUGCCAUGGACAAAAAAAAUGCCCAUUUUUUUAGCAGAUUUUUUACCCUUUCCUUUCAAACUUUGCUUUUUCUCUUUUAAUGUAAUAUAACUGAAUGAUCUUCAGUGUUAUAAAUGCACCAUGUAAAUAAUGACAUCAGUUUUGAAUGUUAAAAUAAGAUAUAAAGUUGAAAGUGUGCUUGCAACUAAGUCAGAAAA